UUAAAUAUUUUCAUAUGUUUCAUAUAUCUAUAAAACUUUCGGUUUCUAAAAUCAAAAUUAAAAUUUACUAAUUUCUCAUCAGGGGAUAUUUAUUGCAAUAGAUUUGCAUUACAAAAAAAGAGGCCACAACUCAUCAACUGUCGCUUUGAUAAUGGCUAAAAAGGGUGGCAAUCCCAAGGAUAAAGCCCAGAAAGGCAAAUCCAAAGCAAAGUCACCCCAAGAGAAACCCAUUGAAAUACCUUUGGAAAAAGAGGAAUCCAUACCCGAGGAGCCCAAAAAAGUAGAAAAAGAACCUGUGGUUCCUAAGAUUGAGAUUGAAGAACCAUGUGUGGUCAAUUGCUCUCAGGAAACGGUAACCUAUCGUCCCAACUCUUAUCCUGGUCUAUUGAAACAUCCCAAAACUAUGUCCGUGGUUGGUUCGGAAUGUGGAUCAUAUGAUAGCCUCUGCAAGCUUAUCCAUGCAGCUUUCCGUUGUGCCGAUCGCAUCUAUUUGAUGGUGCCUUGGGGAAACUAUGUCAUCUUUCGUUGGCAAAAUUUUUCAAAAAUUAACUAUUUUAUUUUUGAUGGUUGCACUUGCAAUGUCAAUCGAUUUCGUUACAUGGAUUUGACAUGUGGCACAGCUGGUUUGUUGUACUUUGAAGAAAUGCAUAAGGUUAUCAAUUAUGUGAUUAUGUCAAGACAACGAAGGGAGGAAAUUAAACGUUUGAAGCGAUGCAUUAUUGAUGAUGUCUGCAAGGAGAUGUAUGGUGAUCAACAUAUAUAGAAUAAGGGAGCCUAAAUUUCAAAUGGAAUUUCCAUCUCAAAUUUAGUUUUUUUCAAUAGUUGUAUAAUAAAUUGAUAGAAAUUUUA